ACCACGUCUACACACGCUGCACACUCCACGGAGAGCCGAGAAGCCCGACUUAAGUCCAGUAAUUGAGAUAUUCACCUGGUCCAAAGUUAUUUUCGGUGUGUAGUUAGUUUCCGCUAGACGUCCUCUGACGGACUGGGUGUAGCAGGGAGUUGAGCAGUUCCCAGGUGAUGCAGCUUUUCAUGAAAUAGUCAUCGGAGUCGCACUCGAAUAGUUCUUUACUGUCAGCGAGCACAACUGGAUCCGUGAGACCGAACUUUCUUAACUAGUUAGGAGUUAGGAGAUUGAAGUAUGCUGCUGCAGCUCCUCAGCCUGGCCUGCUGUUUCUCUUCUCUCUCUGCAGACGUACUCAAGGCAGAGGCCUGGCUCCAGCAGUAUGGCUACCUACCCCCAGGGGACGUCAGAGCUCAGGCCCUUCGUUCACCAAAAACUAUUGAAUCAGCGAUCUCAGCCAUGCAGAGGUUCUAUGGUCUCACGGUCACUGGAACAAUAGACUCCAACACGAUAAAGGCAAUGAACAGGCCACGAUGUGGCGUCGCUGACAAGUUCGGUCCUCAGCUGAAAACUAACCUGCGGAGGAAGAGAUACGCCGUGCAGGGCUUAAAGUGGGACAAGUCUGAGAUCACCUUCAGCAUCGAGAACUACACUCCAAAAAUAGGUGAACGAGCAACAUACGAAGCCAUCAGAAAAGCUUUCCGAGUGUGGGAGAGCGCCAUCCCGCUGACCUUCAAAGAAAUUCCCUACAGUCAUAUCCGUGACAAGGUGGACAAGUACGCCGAUAUCAUGUUGUCCUUUGCUGAUGGGUUCCAUGGUGAUAGCACUCCCUUUGACGGAGAGGGUGGCUUCUUGGCUCAUGCAUACUUCCCAGGCCAGGGCAUCGGUGGUGACACCCACUUUGACCUGGCUGAGCCAUGGACCACUGGGAAUGUGGACCAGGGGGGAAACGAUGUCUUCCUGGUAGCGGUCCAUGAGUUGGGUCACGCGUUGGGACUGGAGCAUUCUAACAGCCCCUCUGCUAUCAUGGCCCCCUUCUACCAGUGGUUUGACACAGACAACUUCCAGCUGCCAGAUGACGAUCGCAGAGGCAUCCAGGCCAUCUAUGGGACCAAGACCGGAGCCCCUCCUCCUCCACCACGGCCCACUAAGCCGUCCAACCCCACCAGACCUGACCAAGGUCCUGACAUCUGUGAGGGUCAUUUCGACACCAUCGCCAUCCUCAGAGGGGAGAAGUUCGUGUUUAAGGACAAGUGGUUUUGGCGGGUGCGCAACAAUAAGGUGUUGCCUGGUUACCCCAUGACCAUCAGUCACUUCUGGAAGGGUCUUCCCUCAAACAUCAACGCUGCUUACGAGAGAGAUGACGGCAAAUUCAUUUUCUUCAAAGGUGACAGGUACUGGGUGUUCAGUGAGUCCACCAUGGAGAAGGAUUCCCCCAAAAGCCUCAGGGACCUCGGCAGUGGUCUUCCCAAAGACAAGAUGGAUGCAGCUCUUUUCUACACACCAACAGGACAGACGUACUUCUUCAGAGGCAGCAAAUACUACCGCUUCAACGAGCAGACUCGCACUGUAGACGCCGGCUAUCCCAAACCCAUUAGCAUGUGGAGCGGCGCGCCCGACAACAUUAAGGCUGCCAUCAUGAGCGAGGAUGGAUCGUACACAUAUUUCUACAAGGCCAACAAAUACUGGAAGUUCAACAAUCAGUACAUGAAGGUGGAGUCUGGAUACCCCAAAUCCGUGCUGACAGACUGGAUGGGCUGUGAAGGAGAGGAGCCCAAGAAAGGUCGAGAGGAAGAGGUGAUCAUCAUCGAGGUGGACGAAGCGCAGGGCGGAGCCGGCCCCAUCGCUGUGGUGAUCCCACUCCUCCUGCUGGUGCUGGUGGUCAUCACUCUGGGAGUCCUCCUGUUCUUCCGGAAGUAUGGAACACCACGACGCCUCCUCUACUGCCAGAGGUCUCUGCUGGACAAGGUGUAGGAAGCACGAGGGGUGACUGACGGACUGUCUGUGUGGACAGAAAGAGUGAUGGAGGGAAUCCAGCGGUGAGAGCAAACAGAGAGACCAUGAGAUUUUGAAGACAAGAUUUAAGCAAAAAAGUGGACUGUGUGUGCCUUAAGGAGGGAUCGCACAAGGAACUGAAAUCAGGAAAAUGUGUAUUUGUAUGUUAGCUAUUUCCAUGUACUGCUCAGAAAUUAAGGAUCAUGCCUCUCCUCUCGCUCUCUCAUCAUGUUUUUUAAAAGUCCCUCCCUGCUCUCCAGCAACUGGACGACCCCAGCUGAACUGCCGUCUGAUUUUACCAUCAUAAACUCAAGAGCUUUUUCAGUUGAAUGUCACUUUGAUUCAAAUUUAAUCAUCAUCUGCCUGAUCAAUUGGAGAUAUUCUCAACUUUUUCUCAUCCAUAUGUACAGGUUUUUUUGGCCUAUCACACAUCACCGCAGUCCACUACAGCACUUUUGUAUGUUUACACAGAAAAUAUAAAUAGUAUUGUAAAAUAUGAACUUGUAUUAAUAAGUAGAAGCAUUGAACACACUAAAUCCAGUCAGUCAAUACUUGUUUACCAACCACCAUGAGGCCCAUUUCACAUAACGUGUUGACUAAGCAUUGGCAAGUUUGCUGGUUCAAAAAUGUCAACUAUUAAUGUAUGAGAGCUGAUGGCAGGGCCUCAUCAGUCACCAUUCGAAUGAUAGCAUUUCAAGCAUGAAUGUACCCAGUGAUCUGUUUCAAACUAUUCCCAUGAAAGCAGUUUCUUAGCUUUGGACGAUCAAAUCUGGCUGCCGGGAGCUUUACUCUGAAACAAAAGAGCCAUCAAUGAGUGGGCUUCUUGGAGUGCAGCCUUGAAAUGCCUGCAAGAUGCUGAGCGAAAGGUGUGUUGCUUUUACGUAAAACUUUAUUUUGUAACCAGAACCUGUCAGUUCUGUUGUCAGUGCAAGCAGUCAGGUGGGAAAUAAAAGUGAAAGGCUGAUGUGUGGGCUUAUCUCAUGGUUUUAAACAUGCGGUGCAUCUGCGUGGCGUAAAAGGUGUUUGUUCAAAUGUGUGAGGAAAAUUCCCAGCAGUAUGGUGCAAUUUCAAACUCUUAAGUAUGUUUUGUAAUUAUUGUUUACUCUUGUUUUUUUUUCUGCUUGUUCACAUUGUCAUUUGGAGUCCUGCUGGACAGAGGCAUAACAUGACAAUGACAGAAAUGACUCCUGGUUCACAGCGUUUGGUGAGUUCGAUCAAGAAGGGGAGAUUGAAUGUGAUUUCUCGGCUUUUAUUUUGAAGUCUCACACAGAUGACAACAAGCAAAUCCUAUUUAUAAACACACAUGGUGCUCAGUGUUUAAAAAUGGAAAUGAAUUCAUUAAGAUUAUUGCAAUGAUAAUGGAUUAAUAUUUAUAAUGAUCAAACAGUGUCCAAUGUUGUGCAUCAGACUAAAGCCAAAUUAAACUGUUUUCUACAA